UCCUAGUUGGGCUUUGCUGCUCGCAGGAGCCCAGCCCGCGGAGCCGACAGCCAACCUGUCUAACCUGUCUGACGUCACCAUCUCUCCACCCACCUGAGCCCCAGGUCUCCAGCCGCCCCGCUCUUCCUGUUCUCAGCUUCCGUCCUCUCCGCUUCAUUGCAGCACCUGCGGCUGCCAGAGCUGGGAGCCUCCGCUGGGCCCACAAUCUCUCUGGCUGCAGGAGUCUCCCCCAAUGAGAGAAGGGGCGGGCCCAGGUCUCCAAGAGAGCCAAAGGCUGAGAACACCUGAGAGCCACCACAAAGUCUUGUCACUUGUGACCCUGAAGACACCUGCACCCUCCAUGCUGGGCCAAGAUGGGGAACGGAACCGAGGACGAUUAUAACUUUGUCUUCAAAGUGGUGCUCAUUGGCGAGUCGGGCGUGGGGAAGACCAAUCUGCUGUCCCGAUUCACACGCAACGAGUUCAGCCACGACAGUCGCACCACCAUCGGGGUGGAGUUUUCCACCCGCACCGUGAUGCUGGGCACCUCUGCCGUCAAAGCUCAGAUCUGGGACACGGCUGGCCUGGAGCGGUACCGAGCCAUCACCUCAGCGUACUACCGGGGCGCGGUGGGGGCCCUCCUGGUGUUUGACCUAACCAAGCACCAGACCUACGCCGUGGUGGAGCGCUGGCUGAAGGAGCUGUACGACCACGCUGAGGCCACCAUCGUUGUCAUGCUCGUGGGGAAUAAGAGCGACCUCAGCCAGGCCCGUGAAGUGCCCACGGAGGAGGCCCGCAUGUUUGCCGAAAACAAUGGGCUACUCUUCCUGGAGACCUCAGCUCUGGACUCCACCAACGUUGAGCUGGCCUUUGAGACCGUGCUCAAGGAGAUCUUUGCAAAAGUGUCCAAGCAGAACCAGCAGAGCCCCCGGAGCAAUGCCAUCACCCUGGGCAGUGCCCAGACUGGGCAGGAGCCUGGCCCUGAGCAAAAGAAGGCCUGCUGCAUCAACCUCUGACCUGGGCCUCUGACCCCCUGCCCCUUGUGGGGCUCUCUGCUGCUUGCCACCCCAGCUCAACUCCGGGACACUUCCCUACCCUUGGAUUCUGGAAGUCAGGGCAUCCAGUACCCUGUCCACAGAACCCAGAACCCUCAGAUCCUCACACCCCUCCCUAAGGGGCCCUCAGGAUCUUACUCCCCAUGGACCAGAGCCCUGGA